CUAAAGUUAUGUGUAUUUUCAGCACCACUCUAUCCUUAAUAUUAUACUGACAUGUUUUUAAACAUUGAUAAUUACAAGCAUUUGUAACUAUUGUUGUUAACUGCCAUUUCGAAUGUCAUAUUCUAACAUAAAUAAUUCUACCUUGUCGCGCUCUUUUGAGUCUACUAAUGACAACUUUCGCUCAAGAUCAAACUCUCCGGCGCAUACUAUCGGAAGCAAGACUGGUAGCGCGUUUAUUCAAGAUAGUCAUAGCAUUAGUAGUACAAAGAGCGUCAAAUCAUACCCUAGGAAAGGAACAACACUUGCGAAUGCUAAUCUUACUGUUGAAGAACAAAAUCAUUUGGAAGAAGUGCUUUCACGCUUCGAUAAAUUUCGACAAAUUGAAGACAAACGUGUGAGACAGUUAUGCCAAGAAAUGAUUGAUAAACAAAAAGCUCGUAUAAAAAAUUCAGAAUCUAUUGGUGAAGGUCGAUGUAACAAUUGUAAUACUCUAUUUGUACCACUUUUACAACCGGCUAUUCGAUGUGUCAAUUGUCAUGGGGAUUUCUGUCGUAUAUGCACAGAAAAACUACCUAAUACAAAUGUUGUGAUGUGUAAAUUUUGUCGAUUCGAAACGGAAGUUUUCAAUUCAUAUAAUUUCAAGAAGUGUUUAUGCCAACUAAUUCUAUAAAUAUCAUAUUCUGAGUCGGCAUAACAUCAUGUUGCUGUAGGUCGUACUUUGGUAUCGCUUCAUCUGGGGAUAAAUUUUUUACCUUUUACUAUAGAUUCCUAAAGGAAUCUUAAGUACAACGCAUAUUGUCUCAUUUUUCUAACUCCAUCUUUGGAUGGAGUUGAAUAUGCGGAAAAUUUAAUUUUGUACUGAAUAUAUAAUAUUGAAUAAAUACACUAUCAUUAUUGU